AUGGGAAAUGGUAGGGCACCACUCUUCGUUCUGGUUCAGGGCUGUUCAUGUGCUGGUAAAACAACUUUCACUACACUUCUGAAGAAGAGUCUCCUUGGAUUCCGAAUUGCCUCGAUCUCCCUCGACUGCUACUACAAGGAGGAGAACUUCGCCUACUGUGAAGCAGGAGACUACGACUUCGACAAUCCAGCGGCAUUCGACUGGAACAGUCUCAGAAAGACACUCGAUGGAUACGUCAACUGCGAUGACGUCAU